CUAAAGAAUUCAAUUGAAAUUAACAACGAAACAAUACUACUAUACUAGUAUCAGUGUGCAACUGCGCAUAAUUUAGCUGCAUGAGUUGCCAUGGACAUGGUUUCCGACAUGGCCAACUCCUCCUCAAUUUACUCGAAGCGUGUUGCACCCUUCGGUCCCUCGAUGCUACGAAAUGUCUCCAUGCACUCUCCAUCACAAUGGGUCACAUUCCAAAGCAAUCUAUUUUCAUCCACAACAACAUCAUCUCCUCUUACAUUGCCCUUGGCGAAGUGCUUAAUGCACGCAAGUUGUUCGACGCUUUGCCCCACAGAACAGUUGUCUCUUACAACACUCUUAUCACCGCUUAUUGUCGACGCGGGAAUGUAGAUGAUGCUUGGAACUUGCUCUGCCACAUGAGGGGGAGUGGUUUUGCUCCUACCCAGUAUACCCUCACUGGGUUGUUGUCGUGUGAGUUGUUGAAUCAUUCUCGGGGUGUUCAGUUGCAGGCAUUGAGCAUUAGAAAUGGACUCCUCGAUGCUGAUGCUUUCGUGGGUACUGCUUUGUUGGGCUUGUUUGGGAGGCUUGGAUGUUGGGAUGAACUGUUUUUGGCGUUUGAAGAUAUGCCCCAGAAGAGCUUGGUGACAUGGAACUCCAUGGUGUCCUUGCUGGCACGUAAUGGGUUUGUUGAAGAGUGUAAGAUUUUGUUUCGUGAUCUUGUGGGGACAGGGAUUUCUUUGUCCGAAGGUUCUGUUGUUGCUGUUUUGUCUGGACUUGUUGAUUCUGAGGAGGAUUUGGAAUAUGGUGAACAGAUCCAUGGCUUAAUGGUUAAAUGUGGAUUUGGUUGUGAAAUCACUGCAGCUAAUUCUCUCAUCAGUGUGUAUGUCAGGUGCAAAGCCAUGUUUGCGGUGGAAAGAUUGUUUGAACAGGUUCCUGUUGAGAAUGUUGUGUCCUGGAAUACAGUCAUUGAUGCUUUGGUAAAAAGUGAGAGACCUAUGAUGGCACUGGAUCUGUUUCUGAAUAUGGCAAGGAGAGGAUUGAUGCCAAGUCAGGCCACGUUUGUUGCUGUUAUUCACUCGUGUACUAGUUUGAGAAACUCAGUAUGUGGAGAAUCUGUCCAUGCUAAGAUAAUCAGGAGUGGUUUUGAAUCUGAUGUUAUUGUGGGUACUGCAUUGGUAGACUUCUACUCCAAAUGUGAUAAAUUUAUUUCAGCUCAUAAAUGUUUUGAUCAGAUAGAAGAGAAGAAUGUGGUUUCUUGGAAUGCUUUGAUAACGGGUUACUCAAACAUUUGUUCUUCCACAUCAAUUCUGUUGUUACAAAAAAUGCUUCAAUUGGGUUAUUCCCCUAAUGAGUUUUCCUUUUCUGCUGUUCUCAAGUCAUCUUCAAUGUCAAACCUUCAUCAGCUCCGUGGUUUGAUUAUUAGAUCAGGUUAUGAGAGUAAUGAAUACGUAUUAAGCUCUCUUGUUAUGGCUUACACCAGAAAUGGUCUCAUAAAUGAAGCACUUUCAUUUGUCGAAGAAUUCAAUAACCCACUUCCUGUAGUCCCAUCUAACAUCAUUGCUGGAAUCUAUAACAGAACUAGCCUGUACCAUGAAACAAUAAAGCUGCUUUCUUUGCUAGAAAAACCUGAUGCUGUAUCCUGGAACAUUGUCAUUUCAGCUUGCGCUCGGAGCAAUAGUUAUGACGAGGUUUUUGCGCUUUUCAAGCACAUGCAUUCUGCAUGCAUCCAUCCAGAUAGUUACACAUUUAUGAGUAUAAUAUCUGUGUGCACCAAACUUUGCCUUCUCAAUUUGGGCAGUUCUCUUCAUGGGCUGAUUAUAAAGACUAAUCUUAGUAACUAUGACACAUUUUUGGGCAAUGUACUAAUUGACAUGUAUGGGAAGUGUGGAAGCAUUGAUAGUUCAGUGAAGGUUUUUGAAGAAAUUAUGUACAAAAAUAUUAUUACAUGGACAGCUUUAAUUACUGCCCUUGGGCUGAAUGGUUUUGCUCAUGAGGCGGUGAUGAGAUUCCAAAACCUGGAAUUGAUGGGGUUGAAACCUGAUGCAUUAGCACUCAGAGCAGUGCUUUCUUCUUGCAGAUACGGUGGAUUAGUAAACGAAGGCAUGGAAAUUUUCAGGCAGAUGGGAACCAGGUAUGGGGUUCCACCAGAACAUGAUCAUUACCAUUGCGUAGUAGACCUCCUGGCUAAAAAUGGACAAAUCAAGGAAGCUGAGAAAAUCAUUGCAUGCAUGCCAUUCCCACCAAAUGCCAACAUAUGGCGUAGCUUCCUUGAAGGUUACAGUAGGCAAGAAAUUGCAAAUUGACUUGUAAAGCAAAACUUUAUUAAUCUUUAGGCAACAAUGCACUGAACAUAUUUUGCUGUUUGGUUUUCCAACCUUCUUUAACUUA